AUGAAUGUAGAUCAACAAGCAGUGCGUGUCGAUCGGAGAGUUUUUGAGCAAGUGGAAUCGUCCGAGAUCCGUCCGAAAUGGAGAUGCAAGUAUUGCGGCGGCUGGUCGAUGAUUUCAACAGACGCUCAUUCACAAACGGCGACCCAUCUGUCGAACCUUCCGGAGAUUUUGCGGCCGGGUUAUACCGGUCAAAUUGACCAGCCUGAGAGCGUCGAUGCAGAGUGUACUGAUCCUCAAGUUCAUCAGAAUGAUCAAUUCAGUGACGGAGUUGAGAUGGAAUAUACUGACGUUGGGCCCACCGAGGAUCAGUCAGAUUCGGGUGUGAGCGGGAGCGAUGGCAACGAAGGGACCAUGCGAGACGUGAUCAAUAUCUUUAAGCCGGUUUGUAGCAACAAGGGCAAAGUUUCGGAGGUCGAAGGCGGAGAAGAAGGGGAUGUCGAGGAUGAAGAGGAGGGUGAUGGACCCGAUUAUUCCGGUUGGUUCCCCUUCGGGGGUUUGCUGGUGAGCAAUCACAAGUCCGGUGAAGCCGGUACCUUCAGGUCCGCGGGGGUCAGGAGUGCUGAUGAGGGGUUUGAUUUCACACCCGCGGCACAGCCACUCAUCUCGGUGCUUAUGGCCGGUUAUUUGCAUCACAUCCUUUCAAGGGCUCAAUAUCUGAAAGUCUGCACACUGAUGGGACUGAGUGGCACAAAACUCCGCAAGUGGACCGCAAUAUGGCGGAUCAGGAAAAGUUUGAGGGCCAUACUCAACAUGGAACCCAUCCAAAGAGAAAGUGUGUUCAACAACCAAUGCUUUUCCCUGAGUGUCAAGAGGAUUAUUGCCCUAGUAAGUCACAAUGCUUUAGUCAAAGAUAUUAACCCCAUCCGCCCAAUUCCAUUGAAUAUGACUUAA